AUAACAGCAAAACCUUCCCCAAAGUUGGGCACAAACAAUACACAACCACGCCUGGCCACACUGAUCGGGGUAAACAAAAAGUUGUUGAUUAUAUAGGAUAGGAUAGAAUAGGGCCCAGAAAGGCCCCCAAUAGGCCAUGUCAAAACUGAGCGAAACCAAGAUCCCGAUCACGGAGUUCCUGGAAGCGUACCGCCGCCAGCCGUGCCUCUACAACUCGCAGAUGGACUCGUACAAGAAUCGCUCCUCCCGGGAGGAGGCCUACGAGGCGAUAAUCCGCUCACUGAAGAUCCCCCAACUGACCGUGGUGGACAUCAAGCUGAAGAUCAAGAGCGUGCGCACCGUCUACUCCAAAGAGCUGCGCAUCUGGAUGCGCGAGAAGGAGCUGGGCCGGAGCUACGAGCCCAAACUAUUUUGGUUCAAGCUGGCCGACUCCUUCCUGCGCUCUGUUUCCCUUUCCCAUUGCAAAAGGGCGAAGAACCAGCAUGUCAGUGCAGCCGCCCAAACGGCGGUCAAAACGAAGGAGCCGCUGACGCCCUCGAGCAAACUGCUCUUCACUGCCGCCGCUGAUAUCAGCAUGAGCGAGGAUGCGCUGGAGGAGGAGGAGGAGGAGACCGAGGGCGAGACGGAGGAGGGUCCGCCGGACCAUGGCAAACCGUCGGCGGGCAGCUGCAUCAUUUCCAUGGCAGCGGACCAGGCUCGCUGCGGCAAGGACGAGCUAAUCAUUGAUGAUUCCUCGCUCUGUUUAGUGGAGCAGCAGCAGCAACAUCAGCAUCACCAUCAGCAGGGUCAUCCUCAGCAUCCCGGCAGCACGCCGGCGCAGCGAAAACCGAAGUACAGCCUGGCUCUUGACGCCGCCGGAGAGGAUGAGCUUGUGAUCUUUGGCCAGAGCAUCGCCUCCCAGCUGCGCACCAUCACGGACUCGUAUUCGCGAUCCGUGGCCAAGCUGCGCAUCCAGCAGGUGCUGUUCGAGGCGGAAACUGGACAGUUCCAGAGCACCGAGGUCAAUAGCACGCAGCUCCAACAUACCUUCUAAUCCCUAAGCUUAGUUUAAAGUCAACUAGUUCGUGUAUUUACGUGUUUUUAUAGUCCUUGAGCUUAGUUCUGUCCGUUUGUCGUUUAGUCUCUAGUAAAUGUUAUUUCCAUUAAUGCAAAUUAAGAUUGUAAAUAUAACUAACAUAUUAAAUACUGUUUAAGUAAUUGAACUCGA